UCUGGAAUGUGCUAGUAAUCCUAAUAUAUAUGUAGAUCUCGGAAUGAGUAAUAAGAACAAACGAACACCUCCACUCGCAUGGCUCCCCAAUCUUUUCAGAAUGUUUGCCCCAGAAAAGCAUAAAGGCAUAGGUUCCAGCUUCCCUGAUUUCUUGCUGAUCUUAUCUUAGCAUCAAGAACUCUGCUGGAUUUAUAAGAGGAGUCUCCAUAGGCGGACACUCCACAUCAGAGUUGAAUUGCUUUUGGUGAGCAGUCCAUCUGAAGAUGAAGAAAGGCAUCCUUUCUCUCUUCCUCCUCACCCUUGCUUCCCAGGGCUCAUGGUGUGCAGCUGAGAGGAGCCCUAGGAUCUCUGCUGAUCGUCGUGUCAGGCCUCGUCUCCAGGUGCAAGAAUUGUAUGGCAAGAAGGAUCUAGAGAUCCAGAGCCCCAGGAAGCUUGGGCAUGGGCAGAGCCUCACCCAGCAUGAGGCGAGCGCAGUGGAGAUGAAGCAUCCCAGGAGGAUGGCCAUAGGGCACAGGGGAGGCAGCGUCGGCGGUGGCGGCACAAGCGUAGGUGGGGGCGGGGGUUCCGCGGCGAGGCCUCACAACACGAAGAACGGUGCGGCGGCGCUGUUGGUGCCGGCGACGACAUCCUUCCUGACGCUUGCUUUCACCUGUGGCGUUGUUCUUUCAGCCUUCAGCUUUUGAAGCCCUCUUCUUCUUGGAACGAGUGUAAAAGUGUAAUCCAGUGUCUCGGAUUCUAUGCUAGCUAGUGGUGUGCAAUUUCUAGAUCUGUGUGUGGUUCUACUGUGUAAUGUCCAAUUGUUUGUCGAUACUUCACUAAACAUGUUGGAUGGCUAGCUUAUUCCCAGCUUGCAUGUUACAC